CCGCUUACCUCAUAACCUCCGAUGACGUUUAUGGCGCCAGAAAUCAAGGGGCUUAGUGAGGAGCUUGUUUGUCAGCUGGCGGAUAUUUACCCGUUAUGUGUGUUAUGUUGGCGCCACCUUACACGUAACACAUUUUAAGGCAGAAUAGCAGCUGGUUGUCUGUCGUUCGUGCUAGUAUAGAGUCGGUUUGGAGUCAAGAUGGUGAUACUACGCAGCAGUAGCGGCGGUGUAGGAGCUGAGCCGGUGGCAACAACUCCGAAGAGGAGAUCGAUGGAGUUGGAAACAAGCUCCGAGUUUCUGUCACUGUUUCCCGCGUCGCAGAGAAAGUCCGCCCGGCAGACCCGGUCCUCCCGGGCCCUGGAUGACAGCUUUAGCAGCACGGAAAACAACAUGGUGAAUGGGCAUGCUGAUAUGAAGCAGGUUGAAGGAAGUGGACUCCAUCACUCUCCGAGGACCCGAGGACAGAGAGUUAAACUAGAGGUCUCUUUUGCGGACACAGAGCCGAAUACCAGCUCCCCUGUGAAUGAAGACAACUCUGGAGGAGGAUGCCUCAGAAAAUCUUCCAGGCUGCAGAGAGAGGGAAAAGCAUCCAGUGGCAAACAGCAAGCAGAUGUUCCAGAUGAGGUGGAGGGGUCAUCCACUCCCAAGAGGAGCCGCUUCAAUCUACAGAGCCGACAAGGGGAGGAAGAAGAAGAGGAGGAAGAGGAGGAUCGUUCAGUGCGACGUAGUUCCCGAAUCACCAGAUACAAACUGGAUACCCGUAACCAGUCAGUCCUCUACGACCGCCUCAUCACCAACACUGCUGAAGCUGUUCUGCAGAAGAUGGACGACAUGAAGAAGAUGAGACGCAGACUGAGGAGCAGAGACCGAGACAAUGAACAAGAGCUCGGUGUGUACACCAGGGGUAAAAUGACAAGGUCCCUAAGGACAGAUGUGGAGAGUAAAGACACCAAGGAGGAGAACCAAGGAGUGGAUAAGGAUGAUCACGAUGAUGAUGAUGAUGAUGAAGAGGAGGAGGAAGAUGGAGAAGAUGAGGAGGAGGAGGAAGAUGAUGACGAUGAGGGUGGCGAGGAUGAGGAAGAAGAAAAUCAGAGGCGUUAUGACUUCAGACAGCGGAAGACUGUAGUUCGCUACCAGGCCCCACAGGAUGAACCCAGAGAGCCCAGGAAGCGCAGCAUGUACAGCAUGGACCACUCGUCUCCUACCAGACGCAGGUUUAGAUUCAGCUCCACGGCCCCCAGGAGCCCCUACAACAGGAGAAGAACCAGCAGGAGUAGUUCUGAGAGAAGGAGACACGCCAUCCACAGCAGUGACUCCACUUCCUCAUCUUCAGACGAUGAGAAAUUCCAGAGACGGAGAAGUAAGAACAGGAGCAGGCCAGUCAACAGAUGUCUGCCAAUGAACCUUGUGAAAGACGACCUGCUUGGGAUCCAAAAGGACAGGAUGAAGAUUGGCGCCAGCCUCGCUGAUGUGGACCCCAUGCACAUAGACAAGACGGUGCUGUUUGAUAGCAUCGGAGGUUUGAGCAGACACAUCUCAGCGCUGAAAGAGAUGGUGGUGUUCCCUCUCCUCUACCCAGAAGUCUUUGAGAGGUUCAAGAUACAGCCUCCCAGGGGCUGUCUAUUUUACGGUCCUCCAGGCACAGGGAAAACCCUUUUAGCCAGAGCGCUGGCCAAUCAGUGCAGUCAGGGUGAAAGAAAGGUGUCUUUCUUUAUGAGGAAAGGAGCUGACUGCCUCAGUAAGUGGGUGGGAGAGUCUGAGAGACAGCUGCGACUGCUUUUUGACCAGGCAUACCAGAUGCGUCCGUCCAUCAUCUUCUUCGAUGAGAUUGAUGGUUUGGCUCCAGUCAGGUCCAGCCGUCAGGAUCAGAUCCACAGUUCCAUUGUGUCGACCCUGUUGGCUCUUAUGGAUGGAUUAGAUGGUAGAGGAGAGGUUGUUGUGAUAGGGGCUACAAACAGACUGGACUCCAUUGACCCAGCUCUGAGAAGACCUGGGCGCUUCGACAGAGAGUUCCUCUUCGGCCUGCCAGACAGAGAGGCGAGAAAGGACAUUCUGAAGAUCCACACCAGACAGUGGGAUCCACCACCCUCCGACAUUUUUCUGGAAGAACUGGCAGAUAAAUGCGUUGGUUAUUGCGGAGCAGACAUCAAGGCAGUGUGUUCAGAGGCUGCCCUGUGUGCACUGCGGCGUCGUUACCCACAAAUCUACUCCUCAUCGCAGAAACUUGUUCUUGAUGUCAACUCCAUCGCUAUCUUAAGCAAAGACUUCUUGUCCGCCAUGUCCAAGAUGGUGCCUGCUGCCCAGAGGGCAGUAGUGUCACCAGCCAAGGCCCUGAUACCUGCCAUUCGUCCUCUGCUGAGUGCCACCCUACAGAACAUCCUCCACACUGUCAGCAGACUGUUCCCGCAUGCUGAGCAGGGCUUAAAGAGGAAGAGAGAACACAGUGCAGAUGUGGCCUGUGGUGUGUCUGAGGAUGAUCUGAUGUUCAGUGAGGAGGAGGACUCAGAAGUCUGCCCCAAUGGACAGACCUCUCACUCCCAACUCACACCUGCUGUCCAGGGACUCCUCAACCUCAAAAGUAGUGUGCUGAGCUACCCGACCUCCUACCGUCCCAGGCUGCUGUUGGAGGGCAGACUAGGCUCAGGUCAGAGCUCCCACCUGGCUCCUGCUGUCCUCCACGCUCUGGAGAAAUUCACCGUGUACACACUGGACAUGGCCGUGCUGUUUGGAGCCAGCGCAACUGCACCGGAAGAGACUUGUGCUCAGAUCUUUGUUGAAGCAAAACGGACCUCUCCCAGUGUCCUGUACAUCCCUCACAUCGGACAGUGGUGGGAAACGGUUGGUCCGGCCUUAAGAGCCACCUUCCUCAGCCUGCUCAGCUCCAUCCCUGCCUUCGCUCCUAUACUGCUGCUGGCUACGUGCAACCUGAAAUAUGACCAACUCAGUAUGGAGGUGCAGGAGCUGUUUCGGAUGGAGUACGGAGAGGUUUUUCACAUCCAGGUCCCCACCAGCAGAGAAAGAAGAAACUUCUUUGAGGAUCUAAUCCUCACUCAGGCUGCCAAAGCCCCUGCCUCAAAAAAGAAAGCUGUGCUCAAUGCAUUGGAGGUGCUUCCUGUCGCCCCUCCACCUGCCCCACGUCAGCUGACAAAAGAGGAGACCCAACGAUUGGACGAGCAGGAGGAAGAUACCCUGAGGGAGCUCCGCCUCUUCCUGCGUGAUGUCACCAACCGCCUGUCCCAAGAUAAACGCUUCAAGGCUUUCACAAAGCCUGUGGAUUUGGAAGAGGUGCCAGAUUACGCUGAGGUGAUCAAGAAGCCAAUGGACCUGUCAACAGUUCUCUCUAAGAUCGACCUCCAUCGGUAUGGGACUGUCAAACAGUUCCUCCAAGAUGUGGAUCUCAUCUGGCAGAAUGCCCUCGAAUACAACCCAGACAGGGACCCCUCAGACCGUCAGAUCCGCCACAGAGCGUGUGCACUGAAGGACACCGUCCAUGCUAUCAUCAGAGAUGAACUGGAUGAAGACUUUGAGAAGAUUUGUGUGGAGAUCAAAGCGUCGCGCAGCACAAGAGAUUGCUCCACUGCCCGGUUUGCUCCAUCCUUCUACCACGUCCUUCCCAAACAGUCCAAGUCUCCUGCUGAGGCCAAUAAUAUCGACAUGACCCCACAAAGAGAGCCAGCCGGGCCCACAGCUGCAGUCACUCCCAAUACAAGUGCCUCUGCUGUUACAAUGCCUAAAAACUCAGCUCAGAAGAAGAAAAGGCGGAGGAGUCGCUGGUCCACUGGUUCCUAUUCAAAGAAGAAGUCUUCCUGCUCUCCUCACACGUCCAGAGAUGAUGCACACUCUGAUGUGGAAGAGGAAGAUGGGGACAAUGAAGAGGAGGUUGAGAAGGGAGGAGGAGCAGAGUGUGAUGAGCAGACUGGAGGAGAGGAGGAUCAGAUGAUGGUUGAUGUAGAGUCGGGGCCUGCACCAGCCCAGGAAGGUAGUUUUGGGCCCACUGCGAAGGAGCAGGAAUGUCAGGAGGAAAGAGAGGAGGGGAGUCAAGCUGCUGAAGAUAAGCUUAUCCUGUGUGAAACGGGGACACCAGAAAGUGACGACCAGACACAGAACGAAAUAGAAAAGGUGGAAAAAGCGGUCACAGAUCAACCAGAACAGUCAGAGGAAAUCAAAGUGUUGACAAAAGCAGGAAAUGAGAACAGUGAAACCAUUUCAGUGAACACUAAGGAGGACAGCCACACUGAGACAGAAGGAGAUACCCAGGGGCAAUCCAACACAGAGGAGAGUAGUGAAGCUACUAGCCAAAAGCUAGUAGCAGAAACUGAGACUGAAAAAUGUAAAACUGUAAUACAGGCAGACAGGAACAACAAGGUAGUUACUAUAGAUGAGGCAGAGCAGAACAGUCCUGCUGAAGCAAUGGAGGUGGAAGCAACCGAUACCACGACCACAGACACCUCUGCAGCUGUCAGAGGAGAGGACACAGGCACAGAGCCGAACGUGAGGCGCAUAACUCGGGCUCUUAAGAAUGCUGUGCUGCAGCAGCAGAUGGUCGAUGUGAACAAAGCUCUGCAGAUCCUGGACCAGGAAACUCCCCCUCUGGUGGUGGACAGAGACAAAUUAAAGGAGCUGUUGGACAGAGUAGUGACCAAGACUGAAGGCUACGAGGUUUACAAGCUGGAGAAACUCUAUGCUCUGCUCUGCCAGAGCAUCUAUAGACACAGACGAGACUACAACAAGGCUUCACUAAUACAGGAGUUGGAACAGGAGAUUGAAGACUUCUGUUGACUUUUCUACAGGAAGAAUAUGAUUUUUCUUUUUUUAAUCAUGUUCAUCCUCUCAGCUAUGUAAAUAUACAUUGUUUCUAUUUUCAUAGAAAUCUACAAGCACCUCUUUGUGCAUUAGCUAAAUAUUUGUAUUACCUCUUUUGUUUAUAUUUAAUUAAAUGGGUUUCCCCUAAAUGUCA